AUGGCAGACUCAUCCUCCUGCAACAACUGUGCUGACACUGAGGACUCUAAAUCAACCCUGAGCCUCUCUGUGGGCUACUACCCCAAUGAGGACACAUUCCCCAGUAAGAAUACAGCCUCCUGUGAGGACACAUCCUCCCACAAUCCCUCAAUCCAUUUUGUCCCUGAAAGUAUAGGGAGACUCAUGGAGAGACAAGACCAAAUUCAGGCCAGCACAGAGCAGUUUGGCAAACUGGGCAUCCCCCUGGCCUGGGAUGGCGCUAACCCUUCAGACUCAAUCGUUAAUUGGGAUCCAUAUGGAGAAAGCCUGUGGAUAGAUCCUGAAGAGAAGACAAAACUGACUCUCAGCAAACUGCACAGGCUUGAGCAAUUUUUAGAAAAUCAGAAAGAUGAAGAAGAUGAUGAGUUUAUAUUCCCUGAAUUUGCUCAAAAGGAGUAUUUCCAGCUGCCCAGCAGCACCCCUCCACAUGUGGCUCAGGUCAGUCAUCAAGAACAUAAUACUUGUCUUCAAGAUUUGCCCACGUUCGACCCACCAGAAAACAAUGCCACCCAAUGUCCACAGAUUCCUCCAAAGCGUCAGGAACACGAACUUGCUGAGGUGAGCCCAGUGACACCUCAGAAGCAAGCAGGGGGGCAGGCCUGGUGGAGGGGCCUGGGUGGAAUGCUACCUGCUAUGAAGCAGGGUGGAGCCUCUGGGUGUCUGACAUGGCUGGGAGUGAAAGAAGGAUGA